CGCCAUAAAAACAAAAGAAGAAGAAGAAGAACCAGGUGACAGGACAUAAGAGAAGAUCAAUUGCAUUUCUGCUCGAGAGCUGACUUCCAGUGCUGGAUUCUUUGUCAUGAAGCUGUGUUUGACUGUAGAAGCUGAGUUGUUUACACAAAGUGCCAACUUCACUGCUUUUGGAUUUUGGACAAGUAUUCACAACCUUUGCCGGGAAGCUUGAAAGUGCGACCAAGUGCAUCCUCGUCACGAUGGGAGCGUAAAGUGAUGCUCGUGAUGCUCGUGUUGUCCACCCCAAGAUGCAAAUGGACCAGAAGGAACAGGAAUAGAAGUGAGCGGUCAGCGGAGGAGGAGGUAGAAAGGACAUCUGAAAAGAUUUCUGAAAAGAUUGUACUGCAAAUGAUCAACAUCCACUGAGAAUUAAAGACCUUGUCAAACGGCACUCUGACUCCUGAGGUGUAUCUGGGAACAGGCUGCGUGAGGAGAAAAUCAUCACAAUGGAACCUGCCUGUCGUAAAGACAAGCCAAAGCUCAACUUGACUCCAACCAGAGGAGAGCGAUCGAAACAGAAAUCUGCACAGCAGGAACUCAAACAGCGACAAAGAGCAGAGAUAUACGCUUUGAACAAGGUGAUGACUGAGCUGGAGCAACAACAGUUUGAGACUUUCAGGAAACAAAUGCAGCCACCGGCAGAAUGACGCUGCCUUCACCUUGCAGUUGGAACACUCAGCCUCAGCCUCCAACUAACGCAUGCCGACUGAAAGACUUGUGGAUCUUCACCAGGCGAGCACCAUUUUUGUCGAUUUCUGUUGGUCCACAUUGACCAUCCGUCUUCAGGCCGCCUUGCCUUCCUUUACUUUAGCAAGGGUUGGAAGUAAUCUCCUCUCCCGCCUGCUACUAUUUAUUCAAUAGCUCUACCUCCUGAGACAGUCGCCCAAAUCAGGUCAUGUUGCAUCCAUACUCUAAACCAUCCUAUACAAUAUUUUAUAAAUAUAAAUGCAUAGCUGGGAGUACACAGUAUUGAGAACAGUUUGCUGUCCAUAGAACAUUUCUUUUUGGCGGUGUACCUAGAUUUUACUCAUGUAAACAGUGGUUUUAAUGAUGAUAUAGCACUUUUUUACAAACUCAAAGCGCUUCAGAGAACUGAGAACCGAUCAUUCAUUCACUCCACAUUCACAUCAUGAUGGUGGUAAGCUACAUUUCUUGCCACAACUGACACCGUUCCCUUUAUGUAAAUCAUUUGCAUGAAGAAGCGCACACAAAACAUCAAAAUAAUGAAUGACAGGGCGCUUCAUAUCGUUACAUUUUACCGCAAAUGUAUUCUUUGCCACUUCCUGCUCCAUCACUGAUAACAUAAUGGCAUGUUUCCCUUCAAAGUCCCACUGGCUCCUGUGGCGCACAGUGUUAGUGCUUGUUAUGAAAGUCGGUGACGCCGGGUGGUAAUUCCGGUCGGAGUUGAAACCGGAAGGAUUAUAAAUUGAUGUCGAAACAAUACUUUGCUUUUGUAUUAGUUAGGGGUGUAACGGUACGUGUAUUUGUAUUGAACCAUUUCGGUACGGGGGUGUACAAAACAGUCUAAAGUCUUAACAAGCUACUUUGCUUUUUCUGCCUCUCUCAGCACCCAGCAUUGUCCCACCCAUACAACAAUCUGAUUGGUUUACAUACAAACCGAUAACAGCCAAUCAGCAGUGUGUAUUCAGCGCGCUUAAAGUCAAUGCUUCAGCGUCGAGCAGAUUGGUGUUUAGCAGGGGAGCAUAAGGCAGCGUACUCUUCCCCCAAAUUAUAAUAAACACCUCCCAACUACUAGCAACAUCACUAUAAACCCGUUGACGUUCUAGAAACUUAAACUUCAGCUCAUCUCGCUCGCAGUCCUGGCUUGAAGUGAAGGCUAAUUAGCUUUUAGCGAAACAUUAGCUCAUUUUGUUGGGUGUGUGCGUGUGUGUGCGUGUUAGGAGCAGCAAAGCCCUGUCUGUCUGUUAUUUCACCUGAACUCCAUGGUGUUUAGGGACGAAUAGUCACUCCUAUUGCUAGUGUACUAUUUUUUCAGCAAUAUUUACAUUAAUCAUUAGUAAUGUAGCAGCCUAGUUUUGAAUGGUAGGGUCCCUGCUAUCACAUGUUGACAAAAAUAUAACAUUUACAUAAUAAAAAUCAACUACAGGCUUCCCCAAUGCUGUAAUAAAUCAAGCAUGAUGAGUUGACUUGAAACUGUUUAAUUUUGCACUUUUUAUAUGUAGAAGAAAAUUUGUGUUUUUUAUCUAAUCUAAGCAACAACUUGAGGCAGUUUAAUGUGGAUUAACGUGGGUAGAAUUAUUUUAGUGUUCCCAUUGUUAAAAGGAUAAAGCCAUUGUUUACAAAUUUGGUAAAUAACCCAAAAAUAUAUAUUUUGUUGUUUUCUUACUGUACCGAAAAUGAACCCAACCGAGGUACGUACCCAACCAAAAUGUUUGUGUACCGUUACACCCCGAGUAUUAGUACAAAACAUCAUCAAAUCGGAUUCAAGUUUGAUUUAAAAAUGUAUAAAAGUUGUUUCACAUAAAUAGUUGCACUAAGUGUUUCAAGCAUUUAUUAAAAAACAUUAUUUUUUAAUUCCUCAUACAUUUAACUGUACUUUAAACUCUUGUGCGUGACUAGUCCUGUUUGUGUGAAUAAAUUCAGAUUUAUGGCAUAUUUGCUAUAAUACACAUAGCUUUGAAUUGUACAUGGAACAAGCGUGCUACUGUAAUGACCUUGUACAACAGUUCAUUUUGUGUUUUUAUUAUUUUAAUGUGAAAUAAACAGUUGCUAUCAAACUGAAA